ACACACACAGAGAGAGAAAGAGAGAGAGAGGGUUGGUGUUUUGUAAAGUUGCUUGUAGCAUAUUUUGCCGAUUUACAGUGAGCACAGGAAGGAGGAGGUAAAGAAGAGAGAGCUCUUAACACAAAACACAAACAUGUUCGAUGGAGUACCAGACCAGUUCCACCAAUUCAUAACUCCAAGAACCUCACUACCUCUUCACUUACCCUUCCCUCUCCAUGCUUCAGGCACCCCCAAUACCACCUUCCCUACAAAUUUUGAUCCUUAUAACCCUCCUCAUCAAUUGCCACUCCAACCCAACCUCUUGCACCCGUUACACCACCACACUUCUUCUACCCACAAAGAUGAAGAGAAGGAAGAAAACACCACCGUGUCAAUGAACUUCGAAAUCCAAAGAGAUCCAAGGCAACAAUUGCCCGAGCUGAUUGAUCCAUGGAACAACGAUGAAGUGCAUGCGCUGUUGAGGAUCAGAUCUAGCAUGGAAAGUUGGUUCCCCGAGCUCACUUGGGAACAUGUCUCAAGGAAACUCGCAGAGCUUGGAUACAAUAAGAGGAGUGCAGAGAAGUGCAAGGAGAAGUUUGAAGAAGAAAGCAGAUAUUUCAACAACAUUAACUUCGCCAAGAAUAACAAUUAUCGCUUCCUUAGCGAGCUUGAACAGCUUUAUCAUCAAGGUGAAGGUGGUGAUCAUCAUCAGGGUGGCACCCAAGAUAAGACCCAUCAGCUGCAAAAACAAGACAAGAUGGGCCAUCAUGCAUUAGAACAAGAGGCUCCAAGAAACGUUGAAUCAACGCUGGCCAAACAAAGCGAAGAGGUGGUAGUGGAUAAGACAAAGGAACGCAAGAGAAAGAGACCCGAUAGAUUUGAGAUGUUCAAGGGUUUUUGCGAGAGCAUUGUGCACAAGAUGAUGGCUCAGCAGGAGGAGAUGCACAACAAGCUCCUCCAAGACAUGAUGAGAAGAGAUGAAGAGAAGUUUACAAAAGAGGAAGCUUGGAAGAAGCAAGAGAUGGAUAAGAUGAACAAGGAGCUUGAGAUGAUGGCACGUGAGCAAGCUAUUGCUGGUGAUAGACAAGCCAAUAUAAUUGAAAUCUUGAAGAAAUUCUCAGCAAGUUCCCCUGCAAGCCAGAGCCUUAAGGUAACCAAUGGUUCAAAUCCAGUUACUCAAAACCCUAAUCCUUCUUCUACUAUGAUUCUAAAUCAUCUAAACACUGAUACCUCUCCCUCACAAAACAAUCCAGCUUUACCCACAACAGAAAACCCUAGCUCAAGUCUUGCACAUGACACAUUGCAAGUUAUAUCUUCUUCUAACACUUCAGCUCAAGCUCCCCAGAACCCUAGCUCUUCUUCUCUAAAUAGCCAGAACAAUAAUCCACUAGAGAAAAAUUCAGUUUUGAAUAGAGCCUCCUCAAACUUUGUAUCCACCAAUGAGAAAGACGAUGUGGGGAGAAGGUGGCCAAAAGAUGAAGUGUUGGCACUGAUAAAUCUCAGGUGCAAUAGUGUAAACAACAACAACAAUGAAGACAAAGAAGGGAACAAGGCUCCACUGUGGGAGAGAAUCUCACAAGGGAUGUCGGAGUUGGGGUACAAGAGAAGUGCAAAGAGAUGCAAAGAGAAGUGGGAGAACAUAAACAAGUACUUCAGGAAAACUAAGGAUGCUAAUAAGAAGAGGUCUCUUGAUUCCAGGACUUGUCCCUACUUUCAUCAAUUGAGCAAUCUGUAUAAUCAAGGGAAACUUGUUCUACAAUCUGAAAGGUCCGAAAGCCACUUGACUCCACAGGGGAAUUCCGACCAAGUGCCACAAGAUCAAACCCAAAUAGCUGAGUCUUCUUCUCAAGUGGGGUCUGCAGCUGCUGGUUUCAGUGUGCAGCAGGUUGAUCAUGGAGGCAAGACAUUGACCCUGUGAAGAAAAUGAAGGAAUAGAAGGCCAAACAUUCUGUAGGACAUUCUUCACUAUACUAGCUAGGGACUGGAGCUAAUAAAAGGUUAAAGGGAUCAACAAUGGUAUUUAUAAAUUUAUUUUUUAAUUUUUUAUCUUCUUAAUUCUAUUUUUAUUACAUGAUAUUAUGACUUAUUACAUUUUUUUGGUUUUUU